UUCCUUCCCCCUCCCCGCCGGAAAAGCCUCCAUUUUCCCCUUCUUCCCCCCAUCUCCCAAAUUCCGAACCCUAAAACUAAAACCAGAUUUUUUAUUCCUUCUUUUUUUCCCUUCGCUUUGAUUGAUCUCUCCACUUGUUCUAAUACAUUCCCACGCACCGACCCACCACUCGAAGAAUCGGAAAGGCGUUCGCCGUUAGUUGUAAUUUUUUUGAUAUUUUGGGGGAUGUGUGUUUGUUUGAUCUGAGGGCUUUUUCGUUGUUGUGUUGGGCGUCUGAUUUUUGGGGGAGAUGGGGGCGGUGACGUCGUCCAUGGCGGCGAAGUUUGCGUUCUUUCCGCCGAAUCCGCCGUCGUAUGGGGUGGAGGAGGUGGAGGAGGGGAGCGGGAAGCUGGCGAUGACGGGGGUGGCGGCGAGGGGAAACGUCGACAUUUUGAAGCUCAACACGAAAAGGGGAAACCAGGUUGUGGCCAUGUAUGUAAAGAACCAAUCGGCUACUCUAACGUUGCUUUACUCUCAUGGGAACGCGGCUGAUUUGGGUCAGAUGUACGACUUGUUUGUGGAGCUUAGUGCCCAUCUCCGAGUCAACUUGAUGGGGUACGACUAUACGGGAUAUGGUCAAUCUACUGGAAAGCCAAGUGAGCAGAAUACUUAUGCUGACAUUGAAGCUGUCUAUAGAUGCUUGGUGGAGAAAUAUGGGGCAAAGGAGGAAGAUGUUAUCUUAUAUGGGCAAUCUGUUGGCAGUGGACCCACUUUAGAUUUGGCUACUCGUUUACCAAACUUGAGGGCUGUAGUUCUUCACAGUCCAAUCUUAUCAGGUGUUCGAGUCAUGUAUCCAGUGAAGCGAACAUUCUGGUUCGACAUUUAUAAGAAUAUUGACAAAAUACCAUUGGUCAAUUGUCCAGUUCUUGUAAUUCAUGGAACUGAUGACGACGUUGUCGACUGGUCCCAUGGAAAGCAACUCUGGGAUCUUUGUAAAGAGAAGUACGAGCCAUUGUGGAUAAAGGGAGGAAACCAUUGCGACUUGGAGCUGUACCCACAAUACAUAAGACAUCUCAAGAAGUUCAUUUCGGCCAUUGAGAAAUCAAAUCCCAGAAGUGGACCUGGACAAGUCACAAAUCAGCUCGACAUUCCCAGAAACAGCACAGAUUUUAGGGAAAAGGCAAGAUCCAGCACAGAUCAAAGAGAGAAGACCAGAAUGAGUGUUGAUCAGAGAGAUAAGCCGAGGGUCAGCACAGAAUGUAGAGAGAAGGUUAAAGCUGCUAAUGGUAAUGGAGACAAGUCAAGAAAGUUGUUAGAUCGACUGGAGAAAGCGGCAACUGGUGCAGACCAGCCGGAGAAAGCAAGGAACAGUAUCGACCGAUUUGGGGACAUGGUGAGAUCGGUUGGAUUAUGCAAUAUCGAUUGUUUCAAACCCACGGCAACACAUGUAUAGCGGAGCGGUCACUUGAGUCGAGUCGAGUCGAGGCUUAAUUCUUCGCUAAGUGUUAAAUUAUUUGUUGGUUGUUUGGUCGAAACGGUCUAAAAUGGUUGGUUUGCCAUUGGAAAGUAAAGGUAGGAAAUUGAUUUAACCAGGAAGUAUUGUGUAUCUCAUUUAUGCUCUCAACUAAUAAAUCUAACCCCCUCGCCCUUCUUUCAAAGUA